AUGGAUCAAUAUGGGAGAUAUGAAAGCAGUGGUCAGCCAGAAGAGCUUUUUGUAGGUUAACCCAUAUUUUAUGCAUUCUUCAAAAUAAGAACAUUUAAUUUUACAAUAUCUAAAACAAUCGGCUAUCAAUUAACAAGUGUUAUUGGUCCAAUUAAGUUUAUUCACCAACCAUGGUCUGUUCUAGGAUCACUCAUUGCAUUGGAGCGAGGUUAAAGAGGAGGUUGAAGAAUGUCCGAUAUCAGCUGUGUCAUUAGGAGUUGAAACAUCCCAGGUCUGUACAAAGGAGGACUCCGAUGAACAAGAUCCUUCCUUUGACACAGUUUCAGACAUCCAUGGAGUCACAGAGCAAGAGUGUGGACAUAAAGGCAUAACAUAUCUCAAAGUAAAGGUAAGUAUCUCCUCAACACUGUUCAAGCCCAGUUACAAGGCCCAGAGUUGUUAGAAUGAUACUGAAUGAACUUUGUUUUCUGUGUCAGGUGCUGCCUUCUCCAGUCCCAGUCAAAGAGGAGUCUGAAGAAUUCUCCCUUCUGCCAGUAGAUGAAGAGGAAAUUGCUUUAAUUACAGUGAAGAAGGAAGAGCAUGAAGACUGGUUGAAAUCAGAAGAUGAGGAUGUUGUGAAAGUGUCAGUGCCUUGGGAGCCGUUGAAAACACCAUCAUCAUCAUGCUCAGAUACAGAGGACAGUAAGAUGGAAAGUGAUAAUGUGGGGGUGAGUUCAAGCAUUUAAUAACAGACUGAGUGGAAUAGAUAUGUUUUGAGAUGUUUGUAGGGUCAAACUAAAAGUUUCUUCAUUCCACUAAUUGUUUUGACCGUUCUGCACUAUACCUAUUAUUAGCUGUGUACGACAAAUCUAGCUUUCAGUCUUCAUUCUUUCUGCCACUAUGUGACUGUAUUUGGAGUGGGCUACUGACAUAAACAAGAAAUAGGCCAGGUAUAGGUGUGGCGACAAUAUCUAAAUUUAAGCCUAUAGCUUCAUAAUAAAGUUAAGAUUUCACAAACACAAAGCAUAGCUUUCUUGAGCAGCUACAGUACUAGCUUGAGUGCUGGGCCUAGUUAGUAUUUAGCCCCUUCUUAAAGGUAACUGACUUUCUGACUGAACUGAAUCCCCCCUCAUCUCUGCUUCAAAGGACUGUGAAAACCAUGAGCGUGGUGUUUCAAUAGGAGUGAAAAUUGAAGAUUGCAGAAGGACAUCAUUGGAUCCAGGGACGGCACCAGAUACAGAUGAGAAAGCUAAUGCUGUUGAUUUCAGUGAGUACCGUUGGUGGGGUGGGGUUGCAGUUAUGGUGUAGAGAUAUAAUAGUGUUACAUUUCUCAUUAACUAUGGGUCUAUAAUGAAGUAGAACUGCAAUUCAUUUGAUAAUGUUCUCUCUUUCCUUAAGGUGACUUUGAAGAGGUGUCCUCCUUCUACUCCUGCCCCCAUUGUGCAAUCGGCUUCACCAUAGAACGCUUUUUCCUUGGGCACCUCAAGAGGGACCACCCUAAAGAUUACAUCGCAAUGCUGAAGUCUGGGAAAAUCAAAGCCUAUAAAAGAGGGAGUUUACGGGUGACCCCAGCCACAUGCCCGCAAUGUGGCAAGAGCUUCACCAAUAAAUAUGUUAUGCAAACGCAUCAGAGGACUCAUGCAGGGAAGAAAUCC